AUGUUGUCUCAAAUCGCCAGAAACUUGCCAAGAACCUCAAUCAGAUCCUUCUCUGCUGCCAGAGUUGCCAGAACCGAAGGUGGCAGCGAAGCCUUCAACGAAAGAGAAAAGGCUCACGAAAACUUGUACAUCAAGAAGCACGAAGCUGAACAAUUGAAGCAAUUGAGAGAAAAGUUACAAGAGCACAAGGAAACCAUUGAAAAGUUGGAAAACCAAAUCAAGGAAAUCAAGAAAUAA